AUGAGCACUCUUCAAAACGUCGACUCCGUGGCCAACCCCAAGCAGGGCGAGUUCAAGCCCUCUGUUGCCCCCGAAGGCCCUAUCACCACCAAGGGACCAGGUGUCAAGGUCAACGAGGCAGACCAACGCCCAGAAUAUCACAUGGAGGCAUUCCCCAGAGGAACAGCCCCCGCAAGCAACUCCUACACCCCCAAUGUCUCCGAAGUCAGCCAAGCCAACAACCCAGACGCUGAUCGCCUGCACGGCAAAGAGCCCACUAUCACAUCCGCAGCAGACACCCUGGUGGGCUCCACCUCCGGAGACGUGGACCAAGGAUUCGGCAAGCCGCUGCAAGGCCAGACCAACACCGAAGUCCGCCAUGACGGCCAACACGGUCGCAAGAAGCAGUCUGCUGGCUUAGAAAGUGUUGGUGCCUCCGUGCAGGACCGUGGAAUUGAGCGUCAGUUCCCUGACCAGCGUGGUCUGGAACGGGACGAGGCGGUCUCGAGUGGUACCCGUGGUAACAAGGCUGCUCGUGCUGCUGCUGAGGAAGUUGAGCCUGAGUCUGCUGAGACACUGGAUAAGGAGUGGACUUAUGAUUCCCGCACUAAGCGUGACAAGGGUCAGCAGAACAAGCACUGA